AUGUCUGCCAUUACAGUUAUCCCGUGGAAAGAAUUUUUGUCUUAUUCGUAUAAAGAUGAUAAGGUACGUUAUUUUAUAGAAUUUUACAUGGACAUCGAAAAUUCAGUCCAAGAGAUAAAUUAUGAACUUAAAUUAUUAAAAUUGGUCUAAUACAAGCAAUGUUAUGACUGUUUUAAAAGACGUCUGGUCUCAAUGGAUCAUUGAAAUCACACGUCGGUAUUUUUAGUUUUGACCACCUCUUGCUUUAAACAGUCAACAUUCCUUCUACUGGACCAAUUUUAAUAAAACUGAUUUUUUGUUUAUGUUUGGCCACAUCGUUGCUGUAUCUGAGUCUUUGAUAUUUGUUUGUUUUUCAUUUAGGGAAGAAAACCCUUCCCAUCAAGAAGUCAGAUAUUAAUCAUUGGUAACGAGCCACAGUUGUCCAAUUGGCCAGCGGUAAACCUUGUAAGAAAUCUGGAAGAUGUAAAUGAGGUGAAACGGCAAUUCAUCACGAGGCCUCUAAUAUUACAGGUCGAGUGCGGAAAACAUGUUCCUAUUGGUCAAAGGUCUGUCAGGUGUCCGUAUUGUUUAGAGAGGUGUCUGUAUUAGAGAGAUGUCUGUAUUAGAGAGAUGUCUGUAUUAGAGAGGUGUCUGUAUUAGAGAGGUGUCUGUAUUAGAGAGGUGUCUGUAUUAGAGAGGUGUCUGUAUUAGAGAGGUGUCUGUAUUAGAGAGGUGUUUGACUGUUUGUAUUAGAGAGGUGUCUGUAUUAGAGAGGUGUCUGUAUUAGAGAGAUGUCUGUAUUAGAGAGAUGUUUGUAUUAGAGAGAUGUCUGUAUUAGAGAGGUGUCUGUAUUAGAGAGAUGUCUGUAUUAGAGAGGUACAAAAACAGUGUCUUCAAACAUUAUUUUGUUUUUCUGUUAAGGUUAAACAAUCGUGGAGAAAUCCUUGGUCCUUCUGAUAUUGAGUGGUGGCUCACACCCAGUUCUACAGCUUGGAAUGAAGCUACUUUCCAUCCAGGUGGUCUAACAGCUGAAGGAAUUCGACCUAACCGUUUUCUGCAGGUGACAUUUGCCGUGUUAGUGGAUACAUCUCAUCCGAGUAUCCAGAGACAGCUUAGUGAUGGCUUCAGGCGAGCAGAGACGUUUCUGACGAGCAAAAAAUCAUUUUGCGUUGAGGUGAGUCUUUUCUCCAAACCCGGAAACAUCGUUUCCUAG